AUGGAAGAGCACCGCAUCUGGACGAUCAAACUUCCGCCCGAGGAGUGCCCUGAUCCGGACUCCUUGGGCUCACUUGAAGCCAUUUACCGCGAAUUAUGUCGCAUCGACGACAUAGAUCGGAGCCUCACCAAGGCAAGGCUUGAGGGAUACGACGACAGUUGGUGGGAAUACUUUGACGGUAACAGCGAUGGAGACUACGCAACGGAAGAACAGAUCGACGCUGCGUGCCGAGAUGCAAUCUGGCGGGUUGAUCGUGACCGCGAGGCCCUCAGGGGGAAAGCUAUGCAUCUUUCACGCGACACCUUGAGACGCCUCGGUAUUCUUGAUUUAUCCGUGGAGAUCCUUGUCCAAGUCUUCGGCUACCUCCAGCACCAAGACAUUGAGGUUAGAGACAACAGCAUCAUCUACUGGCCCUCCAAAGUCCAGUCCGUGUCGAAUGCAAGUGAGCCAUUUCUCACAAUAUACAACGCGCGUCAAGUUUGCCGUGUCUUCAACACACUCGCUUCACCACACCUCUGUCCAUUUCUCAAUCUGAAAAUCGAACAAGAAUCUCUGGAUCGCGCCGAGAUUCUCCUCGAGAACCCAUACAUCGCCAGUGGUGUCAUGGGCAUCCAGGUGUCACUCGAGUACCGCCCCAUCGAACUAGCAGAGAGUUUCAGGCAGUUCGCCACAUGGAGGAUGGGAGAUCUAACCCAGAUGAAUCACACCGUGAAUUGGCCCAUCGGCGUCACCCAUGAGGAGGAUCCAGAAUCUAGGCCGGGACAGCUCCGAAAAGAGUCGGACUACUUGCCUGAAGAGGAUGGCCGAAUCUAUCAGCCAAGGGGAACGUACCUACCAGACAAGGCAGCACUCGAAUUCUGGAGAAUAUUCUGCAACGGCCACAAAGAAUACGUCAAACUUCAAAAGUCCCAGUACGGCUUGAUCCAUUCCCGGACCUUUGUCACAACUCUGUCAUCGCUAGCCUCGCGACUAAACCGGCCCCUCGCCCUGAGGAUGCACGGCAGUUUCGACGCUGACGGAUUAUCGAACCGGUACGACGCCUACAAGAUCUUCACCGACAGCGCGGAACUCGCCAAGUUCAUGCCUACUGCAAACACCUGGCGUGAGUUGUACAGCAUGAGGGGGCCUGUCAUGCUCCAUCAGGCAAAGAUUCUUUCCGAACUCCCCAUAGCCAUGCACGAGGCUGGAGUUGUGCUGAGGCACCUGACGGUCGGUUGCCUGCCUGAAUUAAACAGCUACUCCACACUGUGUCCCGGCGAGGACGAGAGUCUAGAUUCUCCAGCAUGGGGAGACUUGUCGGCAGCAUGCCAGCAUCUUGAAGUUUUCCAGGUUGAAUGGGGUGGCCGCCCUGCGCGAGGAAAGUUCCUCUACCUCGGGGACGAGGUCUACAAUGAAAGAUACGUCAACUCGGUGCUUUCAAGUCAACAGCUUGAACAUGUCAAUGUUACAAUCAGCCCCUUUGGUCUAACCGACGGCACUGGCCAUACCACAAUAGCAGUACCACACAUGCCAGCUGUCCUGGCAAACAUCAACUGGCCACGAAUCGAAAAAGUCAGCAUCAACACUUUAAGUCUACGCUAUGAGGAGAUUGAACAGUUCUGCAAAGCUCUAGGUUCAAAAGUCGAGUACAUCGGACUCAUUUCGAUCAACUUGGAAAGCGGCAGCUGGGUAGAUAUCCUCGAUAUACUGCGCGACAAGAUGGCCAGCAGCCGCAAAUCAGGGAGGUGCCGAGUCUGGCUGGCCGAUCUGCGAGGAGGCGAACUUGGUCAAAGGGGGAGUAACUUUGUCAACCGUACGCCGUUCCCCAGGGGACAGGAGCUCGAGGACCCAGGGUUGAUAGACUGGUUUCGGGACUACAUCAAGGGAGAUAUGGACAAGAAUCCAGCGGUCAAAAGUAGAUUUUUCUGGAGUUCAGGGACGCCCAAGGCUUGA